UAUAAAAAUUUCUUUUGAAAACUACAGUAGCGACCUCUUCCCACUGGCAAACUGUUAAACAUGGCGAGGUCCACGGUCCGAAAUAAUGUUCAGAGAUAGUUUUAAGUAUUAUAAAAGUCGGGAUCCAAAUACCGAUUUAAGAGAUGUGAUCGAUUUCAAUAAGCCCGAUAAUAACAAGUUUAGAUUCCGAAGGAAAUUCCUCGAGGAACGAUAUGAACAUGGAUUGGGAUUGAAACCGGUGAAGGAUUGGCAAGUCUUUGAUCUCAUAGAUAUCCCAGGGCUUAUUUUUAUAAAAAAUCCAUUCACUGCCCAUGGACAGAAGUAUUGGAUUAUAAAAUGUUUGAAAGAGUACUCGAAGAAACCAUAUAAACUAAACCUGGAUGCACACAAGCUUUUAAACGAUGACGAAGAUUGGUGGGAUGCAUGUUUCAAAUCUGAUAAAAGAAAAGUACUGCUACCAAAAUUAAGGUGGGCAACGUUGGGAUACCACCAUAACUGGGACACAAAAUUAUAUUCCGAAACAUGGAAGUCAGAAAUGCCUUCUGAAUUGUCACUGUUGACUUCGUUUCUGGCACAGACGUUAGGUUUUAACGAUUUCAAAGCUGAAGCAGCGAUUGUUAAUUAUUAUAGAAUGAAUUCUACCUUGGCUGGCCAUACUGAUCACUCCGAGGUGAACGUUGAAGCACCUUUGUUCUCCGUGAGUUUUGGACAAACUGCGAUAUUUUUAAUCGGCGGACUUAGGCAAGAGGAUCCAGCCAACGCAAUAUUUUUAAGAAGCGGAGACGUAGUAGUAAUGUCUGGGAAAUCACGUUUGAUGUAUCACGGUAUACCAAAAAUUUUAUCAACCACGGAAGCACCAUGGAAUCACGAGACAGAAUCGAACGACAAUGAUCUGUAUGCAUUGGACCCAGAGGAUUGGAACAACGCGAGAGAUUACAUUUCUGAAGCUAGAAUAAAUAUGAAUGUGAGACAAGUGUUGAAACCUGGACAAUCGCUAUUGUAAAAUAUUGUACAAAACAGUUGCCUUGUACAGUUUUUAUUAAAAAAUACUUAUAUCAAUUAUA